UUGCUGCAUAUGAAUAUAUAUUUUUAUAUGCAUACAUAUAUACAUAUAUAUAUAUAUAUAUGUGUGUGUUUAUAUAUAUAUGUUUACAUAUAUAUAUAAAAUGCUGGAUAUAGCUAUUAUAUGGCAAAUUCUUUCACUUCCAAGUCAGUAGAUUGGAUGGUCAGAGGUAGGACAAUGUGAGUGCAGGACCAGAAAAGGUACUGGAGGAUGGAGAGGAAUCUGAACUCCAUUUAAACAGGUCAGUAACAUGACCUUCAACCCACUCCCCUCAGGGUAGGGGCGGGGAGAGAAAUAAUUGGGAAUGAACAAACUCAGGGACCCUUUCUGCUCAUAGAAGGGAAGGGUCAGGCCCGCAGAGAUCUCAUGAUGCCCUUCACUGAACUAGUUAAACAUCUAAAGUAAGAACCUGUAGCCACUGCUCUUCUCCUGAUCUGACUGGAAGGUUUUAGAAAUCCCUUCAAAAGAGGAAGAGAACUGGGCCAAUAGAAUAACGAAAGGAGACAGGCAGAAAAAAAGCAGAAAUUGCCAGUGAUAAAAAGGAAAAGAGGGAAAGCAAAAACCUGAAGGGCAGAAAGAAGCAGAGUAGGAGGAAGAGAUUGGAUUCAUUACACAGCACAGAAGCUGCUCCUUCUCCUAGCCACUGGACUUGUGAGGAUGAACUGAAAGUAGAAAGGACAAGAAGACUCCAAGCAGUUUGAAACACCAGGAGGCCACAGAACCACCUUACAGGGAUGCAUAACUCAGACAUGAUCUGCUUUGUUGUAGGGAGUUUCUUAUGGCUCCCCCACGUGAGAGGUGAGGAAGGCUGCCUUAACACUGAACUCUGUUCAGGUACAGAAUGGGACCGUCUGUGGUAUAUCUGGCUGGUGCUGGUGGUCGGGGGGCUCCUGCUCCUGUGUGGCCUGGUCUCUGUCUGUGUGAGGUGCUGCUUCCAGUGCCAUCAGACAGGGGACGAGGCGGGCCCCCAGCCCUACGAGGUCACCGUCAUUGCGUUUGACCAUGACAGCACCCUCCAGAGCACCAUCACUUCUCUCCACUCAGUGUUUGGGCCUGCUGCCAGGAGGAUAUUAGCCGUGGCACACUCCCACAACGCUGCCCAGGGAACCCCUCCCCUCUCUGCAUCUGACACCCCUCCAGUGUAUGAAGAAGCUCUACACAUGAGCAGGUUCACCGUGGCCAAGGCGGGGCAGAAGGUGCCGGACCUGGACCCAGUGCCAGAGGAAAAGCCACAGGCGCCCACUGAGGGCAAGGACGCCCAGCCAGCCCUCCCGGGACACUGAUGGAUGGAUGUUUGGUUUCACCUGAUAGCAAAAAAUACAGGAUAGUUGUAUGCAGAGACUAAUUCAGUUGGGCAGGGCUUUAAGAAUUUCAAAUUAACUUCCUUAGUCAAUUGAGAAAGGGGGAAAGGAGGGAGGGAAGCAAUUAAAAUUCCAAAUAUUUUCAGAUCUAGCAUAGUCUAAUAGCUCUUUUUGACACCUCCUUCAGAUAAUUUGCAUUCUCCAAGCCCAUUCAUUACAUGCACACAACACUAGAAUCACACUUUGCACAAAUAAGCAGGCAGCAGGAUCAAGGUGCUGAGCCAUUUUUGUAGGCUAGUGAUCUGCAGGGUGCCUGCAGAUGCAGUCUCAUUCCUCUUGCCUUUAGCCUAAGUUUCCUCAGGAUGGCAAGAGGUCUUCAAAACAGGAAAAAAGACAAGACAUUUGCAAAGGUCUAUUACAACCCCAUCCCAGUAUUAACACCAAAUUUCUGGAAAUUGCCAAUCAUUUAUGGUAAAUUUUAAAAAAUGGAAACAACCUGCAUGUACACAAUGUACCCUUAAUGCCCUGCAGGAUACACAGAAUGAACAUGUGAAAUGUAGUACAUUCUGAAAUGGUAGUCACAAGCUCUUAUAUUUGAAUUAAAAAAUAUUAUAUAUGUACCAACAUAUCAAACACGGGGAGAAGCAAGAACACUACCUCUGAAAUAAAGCUCAGUCAUAUUUUCAAUGCAAUCAUAUAUAAUUUAUUAAUUCCUAAUGUUGCUGUCAAAACCAGAUCAAUUGAAGUAAGACCAUUUAAAACAUGCAAGCCAUUUCUCAGAUUGAAUAAUUUGUGAGUCUCUCGUGGUCAAUACAAAUAUGCUGAACCAUCCAGAAAUAUUAAUGAAACUGGAUGAACAUAGGUAUGGCCCAUCUUUAAAACCUUGGACUAGGCUGUCAGGAGAAGGUGAGUGUUGAACCACAUCAGUGUUGUUUCUACCCUGGAUUCUGUACCUGAAAACAUUAAAGUAGCACAACAUUAAAUAUCACAUGAUGAUUCAAUCAGCCAUCAAUAAAUUGCAUGUAUAUGUUCAUGUUGAUGUGAAGGCACAGGUCGCACCUUUUGAAAUGCCUGCAUGGCCCUUCCUGCUGAAGUACCCAAAUUCCCACUUUAGUUAAUAUGCUGGUAUCCUUUCCUGUGAAAUAUAGAAAAUACAGUUAUUUUGUAGAUAAGAAGAACAAGGACAAUGUUGGACAAGGUCCAACUAUUAGGUCUAGAUCCCAAACAUGUUUAGGAACCUAAGUGCUGGAACCUAAGAGAUUACAACCAUAGAAAAUUUUAGAGAAGGUUGAUAAAAAUAGCUUCAGGGAUAGAAUAAAGCUGAAUUGAACAACAAGAACAUCUUUGAUGAUGCCCCAGACCUUGACAGUUACAGGAAUUUUGUAUUUAAAGGAAUUUAAUGAGGGUCUUGAUUUUGAGGUCACAAACUUCUUCCUAAAUUGUUGCUUGUCCCAGCUAAAUGGUGACGGGAGCUACAGUCCCCUCUCAAAGUCCGCUCAUCCCCAGCUGCCAGGAAAGGCACAGUGCAAAAACAAAGGCAGCAGUCACGAAUCCUGGGAUAAGUUUAUUUGAUGUUACACUUCCCCUUCAGCUCUUCCAGGACCCCGAUCUCGGGGCAGACAAUAGCUUAUAUACCGAGGGAGGGUCACAGGGGAGGAUACAAAAUUCAACAAAUCAGGAGAAACUAGAUAGAACAUACAAGGCAGGCAUUCAAAUAUCAACCAGUGAAGAAUGCCAAGGGAAAAGAACAGUUUCAGUGAACUAAUGAAGUUUGAAGAAGUACAAAACUGACAGGGAAGUUUCUUGAGCGAAGGCAGUUUUUAGGGAGAGAUUGGCAUUGAAUGAAAGGAGGAGUAAAGGAAGUUCUGGGCAAAGGGGCAGAGACCAAAAGACAGCACAAGAAAAUUACAAAUCAACAAUAAUCAUACUAAUAAAACAAAACACACCACAACA